UGAUGAACCAUGGUGGCUAAGGCCUAGGAGAAUCAAAGUCUCAAAAGAGCCUAAAACAUAGUAGAAGGGUGGAGAUUGGAGAUCUCUGUUUGUUAGUUCAUCUGGGUUAGCAUUAAUGGAUCCAAUGGCCGAAGAGCAACUAGAUUACGGAGAUGAAGAAUAUGGUGGGCAGAAGAUGCAGUAUCAGGGCAGUGGAGCAAUCUCUGCUCUCGCAGAAGAGGAGAUGAUGGGGGAGGAUGAUGAGUAUGAUGAUCUCUACAAUGAUGUCAAUGUCGGUGAUGGUCUUCUGCAGCUGCACUGCACCGAAAUACCGGUUUUAGGAGGUGCUGGGAGUGGGCCACAAGCUCAGAAACCUGAUGUUUCUGGAUCAAGGAUCGCUGAACAGGGUGGGUCGGAAGAUGUAACCAUCCCUCGAGUUGGGUUGGAGGGUAAAGACUCCAAUAUGGGAGCCAAUCUUGUGGAGCAGAAGAAGGGAGCAUUUGUGUCUGGCAAAGGAUUGGAAGGGGCCGCUGGUGAUUAUCCAGACCGGCUUUCACAGAAAGAGAGGGUUAUGGAUAUGGGUUCUGAUGUUCAAAUUGGAAGGUCAGGGUUUGGAGAAUCAGCAGCCAUGCCAACUAAAGUUGGUGUUGAUCCUAGUCGGGUUCCAGGAAAAUUUUCUGGUGGAUCUUUGUCGUUGCCAGAUUCAGGCAUUGGUGCUCCACAAAUGCCCGCCAACCGAAUUGGAAUGAAUAUCAGUAUGAACCGUCCAAUGAUGAAUGAAAAUCCAAGCCGGCAGCCUGUAGAGAAUGGUAGCACCAUGCUUUUUGUGAGUGAAUUACAUUGGUGGACUACCGAUGCAGAGCUUGAAAGCAUGCUAUCUCAAUUUGGGAGGGUAAAGGAAAUCAAAUUCUUUGAUGAGAGAGCUAGUGGAAAAUCAAAGGGCUACUGUCAAGUGGAAUUCUUUGAUCCAGCUGCUGCAGCUGCAUGUAAAGAAGAGAUGAAUGGCCAUGUCUUCAAUGGUCGAGCUUGUGUGGUGAAUGUUGCAACUUCACAGACUUUGAAGCAGAUAGGAGCUGCGUAUAUGAACAAAACCCAAGUGCAGGCUCAGUCACCGUCACAAGGACGGAGACCUAUAAAUGAUGGGGUAGGGAGAGGUGGUGGAAUGAAUUUUCCAGCUGGAGAAGCAGGCAGGAACUAUGGGAAGGUUGGAUGGGGUCGAGGAGGUCAAGGAGUACUCAAUAGGGGCCCGGGAGGUGGAGGACCAAUGAGAGGUAGAGGAGCUGUUGGAGCAAAAAACAUGGUUGGAGGCACUGGGGGAGUUGCAAGCGGUGCUAGUAGCGGCCCUUAUGGGCAAGGCCUUGCCGGUCCUGUCUUGGGGGGCCCAGCUGGUGGGAUGAUGCAUCCUCAGAGCAUGAUGGGUACAGGAUUUGAUCCAAUGUACAUGGGUCGAGGGGGUGCUUAUGGGGGAUUCUCAGGUCCUGCUUUUCCUGGGAUGAUUCCUUCAUUUCCAGCUGUUAAUACCAUGGCACUUCCUGGUGUGGCUCCGCAUGUCAACCCAGCUUUCUUCGGCCGUGGAAUGGUUGCUAAUGGAAUGGGAAUGAUGGGUACCAGUGGAAUGGAUGUUCAUCAUGCGGGAAUGUGGACUGAUACAAACAUGGGAGGAUGGGGAGGGGAUGAUAAUGGAAGAAGGACAAGGGAGUCUAGUUACGGUGGUGAUGAUGGGGCGUCUAACUAUGGGUAUGGAGAGGCAAGCCAUGAAAGGGGAGGGGGAAGGCCAAAUGCUACCUCCCGGGAGAAGGAUAGGGGUUCUGAGCGUGAUUGGUCAGGGAGCUCUGAUAGGCGGCAUCAUGAUGAGAGGGACCAGGAUUGGGAUAGGUCUGAUAAGGACCACCGAUACAAAGAAGAAAAAGAUGGUUACAGGGACCAUCGUCAGAGAGAACGUGACUAUUAUAAUGAGGAUAACUGGGAUAGGGGGCAGAAUUCUUCGAGGUAUCGGAGUAAGUCUCGUAUGAUGCAAGAAGAAGAUAACAGGUCUCAAACAAGGGAUGUAGACUAUGGGAAGAGAAGGCGCCUACCGUCAGAGUGACACAAUAAUUGGCUAUGUAUUUACCUUCUUCAUGGAAGAAACUUUAAAGGUCUUAUGCCUUCAUUUCAUGUUGUGUUACUCUUCAUUUAUGGCUACCAAUGCAUCCAUCAUUGCUCGCUCUGGUUUCUGCAUUUGCUGGCUCCACAAACAGAAGUGUGUGGCUUCUGGAUGGAAAAAGUAAGUUUUUCCCUUGUGCAGCAUGAGGGAAGAAUUACUUCUCGUUCUUCUUUCGUUAUAUUUCCUGUGGAACAUCAUUUGAAACAAAACUUAUACACUUAUUUGCUUGAUAACUAUUAGUAAAGCUUCUUAGCAGCUAAGUCAUGUGGAUUCCUGUUUGGGUUGGUUUUGGUAUCCUACUGCCCAGAUUCUCUAUUGGUUUCACCUCUUUGGUUAUAACUGUUUUUUUUAUCUGAGAGAAGUGCUUUCUGAGGUAUGCAUCAUAUAUAUGCGUAAGAUUUUGUUGUUUUAUAUGAAUGUUUGCAAUAAAUUACUAUUCCAUUGAUUUACAGGUGAAAACAACUUUCUUAUCUCUGCUUAAGAGAUGCCUUUUGGUUUUUCAGAUACAUAGGGCACAAAGAACUACAUUUUAUAUUCAACAUUUUCAAUGAUUCUUAGUGUGCUAUCUAUC